CCCAAUGCCUCAUCUGUAACAUCAUUCUCAGAACCUAUGUGAACCUGAAUGACCCAGAUAGUGCAAUUGGCUUCUCUCUCAUGUCCUAAACCUUUAGAUCUCUCUUAUCUUUUUUGCUCUGUCAAUAGUUCAGACUUCAGAGAACUCUCAACUCCUAUCUUCUUCUUGAAUCCAGAAUCAGUGUAGCCUGUAGAGGAAGCAGUCUAAUUCCGCUAAUCUGGUUCAUUAUAGAUGGCUUGCAGGCACAGCAUCUCCACCAAGGUGACCUAUCUCAGGCAAAGGUUCCACCCGUCCUUCAGCUUUCUUCUUCGUGAUGAGGAUGGCAAAGGCCAACCUUCUGUUGCAAAUCCUUCCCGAACAACAAUUAGUCAUUUUCUGCUACGCGGGUCCUGCAACAGUAACUUCAAUGGUUCAGCUUCUGGUUUUCGUGCUCUGCUUCAAGAGAAAAGAAGUUCUUCCAUCUAUGUCCUUCCAGGGCUUGGGUCUUCAUUUUUUAGGCAUAUGUCAAGUACUAUUGCAGACGGCUCAGAUAAGAUUAAGUAUGCGAGUGAUAUUGCAGAUGUUUUCACAGAAGAGGGUGUGGAAGUGGCAGUCUCCCAGGCCCCUAUUGUAAAUGAAGUGGCUAUUGCAGCUGCUGAUUCUUUCUAUCCCAUUGCAGCCUUGCAGUACUUAAUUGAUGGUGUUCAUUCUUCUACCGGCUUGAAUUGGUGGGCAUCCAUUGCUCUAACAACUGUCUUGAUUCGAGGGGCUACAGUUCCUCUCCUAAUAAAUCAACUCAAAGCUAGUUCAAAGCUUAAUAUGAUGAGGCCUCAUCUUGAGGAGAUUAGACAACAGAUGCAAGCUACGGGAAUGGAUCCUAUAGCUGUGGCGGAGGGUCAGAAAAGGAUGCAGGCACUAUUCAAGGAGUAUGGAGUCACUCCAUUCACUCCAUUGAAGGGACUUUUUAUCCAAGGUCCUGUUUUUGUCAGCUUCUUCCUUGCUAUUUCAAAUAUGGUGGAGAAAGUUCCCUCUUUCAAAGGAGGUGGAGCAUUCUGGUUUACAGAUCUCACAACGCCAGAUAGUUUAUACAUAUUUCCAGUUCUGACAGCAUUAACCUUCUUGAUAACUGUGGAGUGCAACAUGCAAGAAGGUAUGGAAGGUAAUCCUGUUGCUGGUAACAUGAAAAACUUUUCCAGGAUCCUUGCUGUUCUUACAGUUCCAUUCACCAUGAGCUUCCCUAAGGCAAUAUUUUGUUACUGGAUGACCUCCAACCUGUUCUCGCUUAUUUAUGGACUAGUACUAAGACAACCUGCAGUGAAGGAGUUUUUGGCUCUUCCCAAAGUAACAGUUGCACCUACUCCAGCUCCACAGUCUGCCUUUUCUUUUUCUUCAAUAUUCAAACCUCCUACAUCAGCUACAUCAGAAUCUUCUCUGUCUCCUGCUGAGUCAUCAAAGUCUAUGGAUCGGAGAAUAUCUGCAUCUUCAGUUCUCAGUCAAAGGCUAAGGAGUUUAGAGAAACAAGUAAAGGGAAGAAAGAAGAACAAAAAGAGGUGAAAGUGCAGCACAUAAAUCAUAUCAGUUCCAGUUUGCAUUGUGAGGUUCAACUGGACUUUCCAGUGGAAUAAAUACGGCAUUUGUUCAAAGGGAGGAUUCUGGAAAAAAAAACAGAAAUCACGAUAGUUAUAGUAGUUUUGAUCCAGAGUAUUGUAAUUCUUUUUUAUGAGUAUGGACAUUUUGAGGUACGGUGGAGAAAUUUUUGUUCUUCUGAUUGAGUAGAUGCAUAUUGGUCUGUCAAUUCUU